AUGCCGAGUGGUUCACGCCAUAGUUCAAAACAGCCGAAGAAGCCCAAAGAGCAACCCAAGGAGAAGUGGUUUACGAUCAGGGAUAUUCUACAAGAAAGGAAUCGCGGCAAAGGUAUCGAGUACUUAGUGGACUGGGACGACGACCCCGACACUGGCGAACGGUAUCGUCCUACUUGGACCCCGAGUAAGGACGUCACGUCAAAGGCGAUAUUCGACUGGAGGAAGAAACGCAACGCGAUCCAUCAGGGCGGCAACGCGACGUACAGAGAGUCGUCGGAAGCGCAAAGCGUUGGAGGACUACAACCUGAGGGCACAUAUACGCAUACUUCAGCGGCAGACUCGCUUGACAGUAGUCAACCCGUCCAACCGCCACGCAGACGGAAGAGAAAUCAGGGGGAACAGCUUGAUGACUUGGAAGACGAACUCAAUCAGUCCAAGCGAAGAAGGCACCAUAGCGAGGCUCCUUCCUCACUGUCAUCAGGCUCCGAGGCCGACACGGAUGCCGCGUCGGAUGUUUUAUACAACCACUCGAGUUUCUUUGUGGCAAUUCCCUCCAAGUUAGAGAACGAUUUCUCUGAGUAUAUCAGUGUAUCUGGUUCUCAGGGCCCAACUUCAAUCGGCUCACAGCCUGUCUCAGCCCUCGAGGACGAGGAUAGCCAAAUUGUGCUUACUGAUAACCUCAGUCAAAGGACCGUUCCCGACUCACAGGACUACUCGGCAUUUGAUACACAGGACUCACAGGAGUCUAGCAAACAGCUAGCAUCGUCUACCAGAAAUAAGGAGGGUACCGUUACAGACCGUGAAAUCCCUGAUUCUCAAAAUCAUUCGUCGUUGAGCAAGAGCACAGCGUCUCAGGCUCCCCUUCUUAGUGCGUCAGAUCACCAUUCACCAUUCUUUAUACGCCAAACACCCUUGCCUUCAGUAUCUUCUCAAAACUGCCAGCAGGAGCUGUCCUCGACAGGCUACAUUCAGAAUAGUCCUGAGCAAAGCCGAUUGCCAAUCCUUGGCGAUAACUUACCCACUUUCCCUGAGCCUCGGCAAACAACUGAAAGCCCAGUGCCAUCGCAGACGGUGCAGUCACCAUCUCAGGUGGUAUCUCACUCAACCACUCGAGCCUUGAACCAGCAGCCCAUACAGGACCGCGACUCCUUUCCAGCUUCCAUCGCCGACAAAUCAAUUCCAUCGCAUCAGGUUGACGACUUGACCCCAAUAUACCAAGCCGAACAUUCAGCAAGCCGUUCGGCUGGCGGAGACUUCCACCAAGAAUCGCAGUCAGCCAGGACACCAAUCUUUCUGACGCAACCUGCUUUCGACUUUGAUAUUCCUUGCUCGCAAGCAUCUUCGUCGCCCAGGAGUGCUGCUGCGGAUUCUUCGACUGCACUGUCAGCCAGCAAGAGCGAGAGUGCAGCCGAGCAAAUCAUUGCUUGCUCGGACACGCAGAACAGUCGCAGCCAGAACACUCAACUUGCACAAGUCGUCCCACCGCUACCCAAUAUCUCUGCAAGCCAAAUUGGACCGAGCAGAAACAGCGCCGAAGACCCCGUGGUCCCCGACACCGUUCGCCGUAGCGCUUCGCGAAAGCUGUAUUUCAACACCGGACCUACCCAUUCGGAUUCCUCUGAACCUGGAUUUCCCAACAGGAAUUCCAGCCAAUCGACAAACGAAUCACCUGUAACGUACAGACGAGGCGAGGACGUGGCCUCAGAAGCCGACAGCUUUCAAACGUGCAUUGAAGGACGGUCACCACUUUCACCCACUUCGCCCGACAACUCACAAGACCAAGGCCAUUGUGGCCAAUUCACCGAGCUAUCUCAAAUCAUGGACGCACCCGGCGGCGAUCCGCUCUCGGCCAUCGAGGAGCUAAUGAGAAUCCAGGAGGCUGCUUUGCAGGGCACAUUAACCGAGGACGGCCUGCCCAGUCCUACAACCGCCACGGCACAUCGUCGCGAAGAUGGCCCCUCAGUAACAGACGCCGUUGAUCACGCGUUCUCGGCCUCUAUGGCCGAUCCGUCCAUGCACAUCAACUCUCAACCUCCCAUCGGAAGCGACUGGCACAUGGGAGAGCCGAUCACAUCAUCUACAGAGAUGCCCGUUCUAUCCAGCGCCCCUCCUGGUCCAAUACUUGAGGCACCUGUCGAUGACACACCCCGGACAGCGAACAUGGGAGACAUCUUCCCUGGCAAUCUCAUGCCCCCCGAGGCCACCAGUCAACUUCCAAUUACUAUCUCUCCCUCCGACAUCAGUAGAUCAAUCGAUCCAGAUGACGCUUUGUCUGGCCUCCCUCAUCACGAUGAAAAUCCAUUGGAGAUGCUGCCGGAGGACGACACCACGGCGGGGGGGAAGAGUACCGCGACGUCGCCCGACAUCGAAGAGCCGUAUCUUUCAGGCCCCCCAACAGCGGUAGACCAGAGCGAGUAUUUGGUCACUGUGUCGUUUCCGGCGAACAUCCGCCCUUUGUAUUUGAGCACAUUGACGGCAUACAAGCGCGAAAUCGAAAAGUUCAACCAGGCUUUGCAGUCCGAUGAGGGCUUUCCGGACCAAGCCACUGUGGAUUCCAUCGGAAGACUCUUCAACCAGCUUCGGGACAUCUGCGACAUGCCCGCAUCUCUCGAUGGUCCUUCGAUCGACGCCUUGUCGGCAAUUGAUCUCAAGAAGCACGCCAUGGGCACUAACAGCAAGUUCUUCUUCGUCGGUCGGUUCCUCGAGCGACUGCAGACGAGCCACAAGAAGGUCCUUAUUAUUGUUCGCGACACAAACAUCAUUGGCUAUCUCGAAGCUGUUGCCGGAACCGGAGACAUGGCCUACUCUCUCAAGGGCCUGCAUGAGCUCGAGAACCAGGACGAGCACUCCUUGCUUAUCGUGCUUGUCCAUACCGAGCAGCCUCUUGUCGACGAUUUGAGCGACUUUGACGUCGUCAUUGGCUUUGAUAGCGGCAUCAUGCGAACCAAUGUCUUGAGUCAGUGGGCUGAGAUGAGCGGUAAGAAGCCGAUGCUGAUCAGACUCAUGACAACCUGCUCCAUUGAGCACCUCGAAUUGAUGAUGCCGACGGAGCUUGAGGGCCUGGAGAGGCAGAAUGCUCUGCUUAUUGCCUUGUUUCAGGCAAGAGCUUUUGUCGCCAACGACGAGCAGGGCGAAAUGAUUGAUCAGUUCACCUCUCUGUUCGCCAACCAAGCAAUCGACCCUGACCCCGGAUUUGGAUGGGAACCUGAGCCGAUUCCUUCAUCUGUCCUUGACUUUUACUCCAGCACCCAGCCUCAGACCCAGAUACCGCCUACUGCGGAGGAGCUGACCACCCGCAAGCGAAAAGCUGAUGAGGGGUCGCAACAAGUCACUAAGCGUUUGCGCGUGAGCGAUUCACCAGGACGAGCUGUGGGUGACAUUGAUGCGGCAGUCCAUAACCAUCUCAACCCAGACCCGUCCCGUGUGCAUGUCGAGACCACUCAGAGUCACUUAGACUCGUUAACAACCAAGGUCUCCGAGCUUGAGUAUCAGUUGGAGGAGAAGACGGCCUUGGAGAUGAACCUUCGCAAGCACGUCACCAAUCUUUCGAAGAGAGUCAAGAGUCAUGACAAGACCAUAAAUCUCAUACAGGAGAGACACAUGGCCGCACUCCGGGAGCGAAGCCAAUAUGAAGCCCAGCGGGAUGAAGCGCAGAAAAACGAGGGUAAAGCCUGGGAGGAGAGCUGGCACUGGCAGAACAAGGCAAAGACCUUGGAACAAGAGCUCAAGCAGAAAAACACCACUCUCGAAGAGGCUCUCGUCAAUGCCGGCACCGUCGCUACUGAGACUUUUAGAGAAAAGACGGAAGAACUCAAUAGGGCUCUGGCGAAGAUUGCGGAGCUGGAGAAGAAGCUCGAGAGCCGCGAUGGUGAACUAGGAUACGCCAGAGACGCGUACCAGACGGCCAACCAUGCAAAUAGCGAGCUAGCCCGGGAGAACCGCGAUCUCAAAGAACAGGUUGAUCUGCUGCAAAAAUCAGCGGUGGGCAACCUGGCGCAGGUUCAGAACGUGAACGCCGGAGAACAGGUCAAGGAGAUGCAGCGGCAAAUCGCCGAAACUCAGGCCAUCUCCAAGGACCGCGAGAAGGAGCUCGCUCGCGUCGAAAAGGAGCUGAGAGCGCUCAAGAACGGACGACGGGAGACGAGGCAGCAGAGCGUACCCCGGAGCCCAAGACUGGGCAUGAUGAGCCCGAGGACGGGACGCGCUGCAGGAGGUUCUGCUAGUAGGGGCACUUCACCCACGCCGCACGAGUCGGCUGGUGGCACGCCGGUUCCUGGUCUGCAAUUCUUUAAUACACCGGCCAACGGCCGAUGGGGUCACCUCCGAGACUAA